ACCCAGGGACGGUGCCCCCAGCCCGCACCCAGGGACGGCGCCCCCGGCGGCCCCGGGGCAUGAGGUGGGGGCGCGAUGUCGGUGCCGCUGCUCAAGAUCGGGGCGGUGCUCAGUACCAUGGCCAUGGUCACCAACUGGAUGUCGCAGACGCUGCCUUCGCUCGUGGGGCUCAACGGCACCAGGCUGGGGGCUCUGGAUGGGGGCCUUGAGAGACGGGGUGGGGUAAUGCCCACAAGCCCAGAGGAAGGCUGGCAGCUGUACACCUCAGCUCAGGCCCCCGACGGGAAAUGCAUCUGUACGGCUGUGAUCCCUGCCCAGAGCACCUGUUCCCGCGAUGGGCGGAGUCGAGAGCUGCGGCAGCUGAUGGACAAGGUGCAGAAUGUCUCGCAGUCCAUGGAGGUCCUUGAGCUGCGGACGUACCGUGACCUGCAGUAUGUGCGCAGCAUGGAGAGCCUCCUGCGCAGCCUGGACGCGAGGCUGCGGGUGGCCGAUGGCUCCCUUUCAGCCAAGAGCUUCCAGGAGCUGAAGGACAGGAUGACAGAGCUGUCACCCCUGAGCUCGGUCCUGGAGCAGUACAAGGCCGACACUCGGACCAUCGUGCGCCUGCGCGAGGAAGUGAGGAACCUCUCGGGCAGCCUGGCGGCCAUCCAGGAGGAGAUGGGCGCCUACGGGUACGAGGACCUGCAGCAGCGGGUGACGGCUCUGGAGGCCCGGCUGCAUGCCUGCGCCCAGAAGCUGGGCUGUGGGAAACUGACCGGGGUCAGUAACCCCAUCACCGUCCGGGCCAUGGGGUCCCGCUUUGGUUCCUGGAUGACUGACACCAUGGCCCCCAGCACAGACAGCCGGGUCUGGUACAUGGAUGGCUACUACAAAGGCCGCCGGGUCCUGGAGUUCCGCACCCUGGGGGACUUCAUCAAAGGCCAGAACUUUAUCCAGCACCUGCUGCCCCAGCCAUGGGCGGGCACCGGCCACGUGGUCUACAACGGGUCCCUCUUCUACAACAAGUACCAGAGCAACGUGGUGGUCAAGUACCACUUCCGCUCGCGGUCUGUGCUGGUGCAGAGGAGCCUCCCGGGCGCCGGCUACAACAACACCUUCCCUUACUCGUGGGGCGGCUUCUCCGACAUGGACUUCAUGGUGGACGAGAGCGGGCUCUGGGCCGUCUACACCACCAACCAGAACGCGGGCAACAUUGUGGUCAGCCGGCUGGACCCCCACACCCUGGAGGUGCUGCGCUCCUGGGACACCGGCUACCCCAAGCGCAGUGCCGGCGAGGCCUUCAUGAUCUGUGGCGUGCUCUAUGUGACCAACUCACACCUGGCGGGGGCCAAGGUCUACUUCGCCUACUUCACAAACACGUCCAGCUACGAGUACACGGACGUGCCCUUCCACAACCAGUACUCCCACAUCUCCAUGCUGGAUUACAACCCCCGGGAGCGCGCCCUGUACACCUGGAACAACGGCCACCAGGUGCUCUACAAUGUCACGCUCUUCCACGUCAUCAGUACUGCCGGGGACCCCUAGGUGCUGCUGCCGGGCACUCCCCUCGCCCAUGUCUGUUGUGUCCACGCUCCCCUCUGCCUGGCAGUGCGUUCUCUCCUCUCCUUUCUUGGUCUCUGCUUUUCACACUCCACAGGUCCCUCCGGCCUCCCUGGGGACACCCCCUUUCUCUUCACCGAGUUGGGCCUCCUUGGCUUCCCCGCCUUUCCUCCUACCCCCUUCUCUUGGCUCCCCACUUGGCCCUCACCCCAUCCCAGGAGCUGACUGCAUGAAAUUCCUUUUUUUAAUUUACACUUUUUGUUUCCGGGUUGCCGGAAUAAACGGGACCUU